AUGACUGAGUUAGCAGAUGGACAAAAUGAAGCUCAGCCCCCCUUUCAACAAGUUCUGUCCAAGUCACAAAAGAAGGCAAAUAAGAAAGAAAAUAAAACAAGCUUCUGCAUCUGUUCCCUACACCACUGGGUCAAGGGUUUGUCAAUCCAAUCUUUCUCAAUGAAGUGCAUCUACUGUAAAUUAAGAGGUUUGGCCAAUUCUCCUACAAAAUUGGCUCUUAAAAGGCUUAUUGUUAAGCAUAGGCCUAGUUUUAUUUUUAUAGGUGAACCUUGGAUGAAUAUUGAUUCUUUUCCUGCAUCUUGUCUCAGAAGACUUAAUCUUGAGAUAUUUAAGGUUAAUUUUAGAGGUCGUUUGUUGCCUAAUCUUUGGUGUUUGUGUUCCAUAUCUUUACAUCCUACUUCAAUUGACUUUGAUGACCAACAAAUCUCCUUCAUGUUAGAAGAAAACAGUAUGCAGUUUUUUGUCGCAGCAAUUUAUGCUUCUACUAGUUAUGUUCAUAGAAGAAAGUUGUGGAUAAAACAUAGUAACCUUCAGAUAAUUCAUAAAGGUCCCUGGUGCUUCAUUGGUGACUUUAAUACAAUCUUAGGGGCACAUGAGCAUAGAGGUAACACUACUCCUGCUUCCACUCCAAUGAAUGAUUUUUUUGAUUGGAGUAACUCUAACAACCUUGUCCAUCUUCCAACUAAAGGAGUGAAUCUUACUUGGUCAAAUGGCAGAAGAGGGGAUAGACACAUUGAAAAUCGUCUUGAUAGAUCCAUAUGUAACCUUGACUUCAUUGAUGCAUAUAUAUGGAACAAGGAGGUGUUUGGAAAUGUGCACGAUCAAUUGAAAAAGGCUAAAGAUAAGGUUAAUGAGAUUCAACAUGACAUUAGUACAAAUGGUCACAGUGACUUACUCAUGAAUCAAGAGAAACAAGCUCAAGUUGAUUUGGAGUUGGCCUUAAACAUUGAAGAAGCUUUUUGGAAGGAAAAAGCCAAGAUAAAAUGGAGCCUUGAAGGGGAUAGAAACACAAAGUUCUUUCAUAGAGUUGCUAAAAUCAAUGCUGCAACUAAUAAGAUAAUUUUUAUGAGAAAUGGAGACAACUUUUUAACUGAUCCUGAUGCCAUUGCAGAUCAUGUGGAUGAUGGAAUUAUUGAUGAAGUUAUUCUAAAUUUAGUGAACUCUGAGACCAACAAUAUGCUCACAGAUUUUCCAUCUAUGGAGGAAGUUCAUCAUGCAGUGUUUGCUCUAAACACUAACUGUGCAGCUGGUCCGGAUGGAUUUGGGGCUCUAUUUUUUCAAUCUUAUUGGGAUAUAGUGAAACAUGAUGUUUAUAAAGCUGUGUUGCAGUUCUUUCAAUCUGGGUGA